AGCAGCCUAUUGAACGAAAUGUAAACGUUUCACUUGUGUUGUAUUGAGUGAAUAAGAAUCUAUGAAUUUGAAUGUAACCAUAUUCACGAGUUAUAAAAAUGCACUACAAGAAAAGAUUGUGUAUAUCAGUGAUUAUAUUUCUCAGUGGAACUUCGCUGGCUGAAAUAAAUUCACAGCAAAUUGAUAAAAAAGACAUAAACGAACGAUUGCUCUUGGCAAGUAAAAACGGCCGCACGAAUGAAGUCAAAGAAUUAAUUCAAGCCAAAGCCGACGUUAACUAUGUUAAUGGAAACAAAGACUCUCCUCUCAGUUCAGCGAGUGAGAACGGCUAUUUCGAAACAGUCUCAGAGUUACUGUCGGAAAAUGCCGACAUCGAACAUGAAAACGCCGUCGGGAAAACCAGUUUGCUUCUUGCGGUGGAAAAUGGAAAUGAAAAUCUAGUGAAACUAUUUCUGUCCAAGAAAGCAAGUGUUGAACAUGUGAGUAAAGACAAUAUAUCAGCUCUCGUACAAGCCAGUUCUCUUGGUUACACAAAUAUAGUCCGAUUGUUGUUGAAUUUUAAUGCAAACGUUGAGUCUACCGACAGUAAUAGUGAAACUGCUCUUCAUAAAGCGAGUUUCAGUGGCAAGAAGGAAAUUGUUGAGCUUUUGCUUAAAAAAGGAGCACAGAGUGAACAUCUUGACAGAAGAAACGACACCGCACUGUUGAAAGCUGUGAGAGGUGGUAAAGCUGAUGUUGUCGAAGUAUUGUUGAACAAUGGGGCAAAUGUUGAACACGAAAACAUUAAUGGAGAAACAGCAUUAACGUUGGCCAGCUGGACAGGCAGAGAGGACAUUGUGAAACAACUUUUGUCAAAAGGAUCAGACGUUAAUCAUGCUACCAGGAAUGGAGAUUCUUCUCUGAUCCUCGCAAGUUCUCAGGGUUUUGAAGAGAUAGUACAGAUACUAUUGGUCAACAAGGCCAGCGUUGAUCAUUCUAACAAAGACGGUGACACAGCUUUGAUCAAAUCUAGCCAGAAUGGCUUCAAGGAAGUUGUGGAACUGCUCUCAUCCUACGGUGCUAAUGUGAACCACCAAAACAAUAAUGGCGACACAGCGCUAAUACUCUCCAGCUCUGAAGGGUUUACCGGAAUUGUCCAAGUCUUACUAAAACGGAACGCAUAUGUCAAAAGCCAAAAUCUGAAUGGCAAUACAGCUCUACUUGUCUCAGCUCAAAACGGUUUUGACAAAGUUGUCAAAGAGUUGAUAGCCAGGAAUGCUAAUAUCGAUCAUAGAAAUAAGCAAGGAGAGACUGGUCUCACUUUGGCAGCAAAUCGCGGAUACUUCAAAGUAGCUGAGGCCCUUUUAGGAGCAGGAGCCAAAGUGGACAUCAAGAAUAAUAUGGGGAACUCAGCUUUGGCCAUUGCUAGUUCUGGAGGCUUCAAAGAUGUAGCUGAACUGCUCUUGUCGAAAAACGCCAGUAUCGAAUCCAGAAACAGAUUUUUCGACACUCCUCUCACGAUGGCAGCAUUCGCUGGAUUUGACGAAUUAGUAGAUCUCUUAUUAUCGAAAGGCGCUAAUACAGAGAACCAAAAUAAAAACGGUGACACAGCUCUUACACUAGCAAGUUUCAAGGGUUUUCAGAAAAUUGUCGCUCUGUUGGUGAAUGAAGGAAGCAACGUUGAACAUGAAAAUAAAUACGGCAACACCGCUCUCAACAGAGCUUGUUGGAAUGGACAACACGACGUGGUGGAAAUCCUUCUCAAUAGCAGCGCUGACGUAAAUCACAGCAACAGCGAUGGAAACAGUCCCCUAACUCGAGCUUCCUUUAGGGGGUAUAUUAUAAUUGUUGACUUGUUGCUACAAUAUCAUGCUGACAUCAACCAUGUUAACAAAAUGAAGGAAACGGCACUGUCAAUAGCGAGUAGGAAGGGUUUUAUAGAAGUGGUUCAACGACUCCUAGUAAACAAUGCCUCCACAGCACUAGCCAACGUCAAAGGGGAAACUCCUUUAUUUUUGGCUAGUUCACAUGGUCAUAAGAAUAUUGUCGACUUGCUCUUGUUACAUAAAGCUGUUCCUACAAUCCCUAAUGAACUUGGAAUUACGCCAUUGAUGGCAGCAAGUCGAGAAGGGUUCAAGGAGAUUGUUGAGUCUCUUCUGGAAGCUUCUGGUAACGAUGUGAAUGCAAAAGACAAAGCCGGGAAAACUGCUUACAUGUAUGCCCAAGAAAAUGGAUUCUUUGAUAUUGCAGAGUUGUUACAAAAGUGAUUACAGAAAAAUAUUCAUUUGGACACAUCUAUGCUUUAUUCAUCGACUAAAAACUUUGAAGCGAAGUGAAAAUGUAGACAAUACGAUAUAUUCAGUUUUCUUGUUGUAUCAAUGUUCUCAAUGAAUUGUUACAUUGCGUUAUCUCAAGACGAAAUGUAUUAAAUUGAUGUAGACAUAUUUUUAGAAGCGAUUAGAUUUUGGAAUAAAAAUGUUUUGCUUUCUA